AUUGUUUCAAGAAUAAUAACUCUAGUCUUAAAAGCUCAAAAAAGGUCAGCUGAUUUUGACACAAAUAUAUCCCUUCCUUCAUCGAGAAAUAAUAGACCUCCAUUAAAUAAUUCUUCAACUGUUUAAAAACAAUGGCUAGGGCUAGCACUGGGCGCAAUGACCAACUUGACCAUCUUCAGACAGAGGUUAGCGAAGUCACAUCCCUACUGAAGGACAAUGUGGAGAAAGUCUUACAGAGAGGGGAACGUAUUGACACCCUACAAACUAGAUCAGAGGACCUAGAAUGCAAUUCUAACAACUUUAAAAGAUCAGCUGUACAGAUAAGAAAGAAAAUGUGGUGGAAAAACUGCAAGAUGAUGUGCAUUUUAGGAUCUGUGAUUUUUCUAAUCAUUGCCAUCAUUAUAAUAAUCAUUCUUGUUGAAACCAAGCCCUGGGAAUCAUCGUCCGGUCACCACAAUGGCUCCAGUAUUGCAGGAAAAGGAUUGCACUGGACAACUAGCAUUAGCCCUGUCAAAACGAUUGAUUCGUCAUAAGAACUAAAAAUACAAUGUGUAAAUACUUCCUUCAUGACAUUCCCAUAUUUACUCUGAUAGUGUGGUAGCAGUUUAAAACAUCUCAGAAGUUCAAAAUUUUUGUUUUUUACAUUGAUAACAUAUGUUAGAUUUACAGAAUGUAUACAGAUAUUUAUUUUGUUAUCGAAAUAAUUGAUAGUGCUAGAACAUACCUUUUUUGCAUACAGUUUUUACUUAUUUAAUUUAGUUUAUAAAGACGAACAAUGCAAAUUAAUGAAAGUUUAAGCCAAAUAAUGCAGCUAGUAUAGUUAGGAAUUUGACACUAUGAAAACUGAUUUCUGCAUCUGGUUCCUAGAUGUUGAAGGUAAAGAGCUACCGAACUAAUGGGGAAAGAAAAACUGUCAUGUCUUAUAUAAAAUGCUGCUAAAUGUUUUUAUUAUGUCUGUGAUAAAUUAUAAGCUUGGUAACUUUUUUUUUUCUUUUUAUAAAAAAAGCAAUUUAUUCAAAUCCGACAUUAUCCCGAAUUUUUUCUUGUGUUUAAACUUGUUUUUGUGCAAUCUUUAUAAGUCACUUUCUAUUUUAAAUGCAGUAUUAGGUCUACAUUACUAACAAGUUAUCUUAGCCCAGUGUUUCUUCCAGACUUUUUCUCCAGGGGGGAGUGGGGGGGAUGAUGACAC